CGGCAGCAAAAUGGCGACCUCAUUUUACUGGGAAAGUAAAAUCAAGGAAAAGUUUGAUGUUAAUAUUAGGCUAUCGUGCGUGACAUGUAAAUAAUAAACGAAAUUUCAAUUAUAUAAUAUUAAAAGAACUAUUUUAACGUUUAACAUAUAACAUACAUUGAAUAUUCGAUGAGUUUUCGGUGAUACGUUUCUGACAGCGUGUCCGCAAUGGCCGAUGACUCUACUUCUCUGCCAAAAAGGCGUCAAUUGCGGGAAAGAACUAGAAAGUUAUAUACAGAUGACUGGACCAUAGGCGAUGAGGAAAUCGAGGGUCGUAGGACUUUCCAACUCGAUGAAAAAAUUGAGUGUGAAAGAUACAACCUGAAUAAUUUCAGUGGAUUAUUCCGUGAAAUGAAUGGUUCUGACUUAAACUUAUCGUUCCUCCAGAAGCAUGGACUCAGUAUACCGCUGCUCUUCAGAGAUAAAUCUGGAUUGGGAUUAAGAGUUCCCAGUUCAAAUUUUUCAGUUAAUGAUGUGAGAACAUGUGUUGGUUCCAAAAGAGUAUUAGAUGUAAUGGAUGUUAACACACAAAAGAACGAAGAUAUGACAAUGAAAGAAUGGCAGAAGUAUUAUGAAGAUCCUAAUAAAGAGAGAUUAUUAAAUGUAAUUUCUUUAGAAUUCAGCCAUACCAAGCUAGAAAACUAUGUACAAUCACCUGCAUUGGUACGGCAGGUUGAUUGGGUGGAUGUUGUAUGGCCAAGGCAUCUGAAAGAAGCACAGGUAGAAUCUACAAAUCUUUUGGAAGAUAUGAUGUAUCCAAAAGUACAAAAGUACUGUCUGAUGUCUGUGAAAGGUUGUUAUACAGACUUCCAUGUUGACUUUGGUGGAACUAGCGUUUGGUACCAUAUCUUAAGAGGUGGAAAAAUAUUUUGGCUUAUUCCUCCGACGGAAAAAAAUUUAUCUCUUUAUCAAGAAUGGGUACUAAGCGGUAAACAGUCCGAUGUCUUUUUUGGCGAUAUGGUAGACAGAUGUGGUAGAAUAAGUUUAACAGCUGGAAUGACAUUGUUUAUCCCAACUGGUUGGAUUCAUGCUGUGUAUACCCCUCAAGAUUCUUUAGUAUUUGGUGGAAAUUUUUUACAUAGUUUUGGUAUUGAAAAACAGUUGAAAGUUGCACAAGUUGAGGAACAUACGAAAGUUCCACAAAAAUUCAGAUACCCAUUUUUCACUGAAAUGUUAUGGUAUGUUUUGGAGAGGUACGUUCACGUACUCCUCGGCAGGAGUCACUUAGAUAUUACCGAAUCACAACGUCAACAUUCAGUUCCACAACAUCAUCAACAUCUGCAUCUAACACCCUUCGAAUUACAUGGUUUAAAAGCAAUAGUUAUGUAUUUACACUCAUUACCUUCUACUAAGAAGAAUGUGCCUGAGCUGAUCCGCGAUCCCGUUGCCUUAAUUCACGAUGUUCGAUGUUUGGUAGAGCAACAUAGACACGAUAAUCCAGACGCGGCUGUAACAGGAAAUCCUGUUUUACCACCUCCACCUCCGUUAACAAUUGCCGAAAGGGAACGUCUGAGGGUAACCAAAAAAAGUUUUGCAAAGAUACAAAGGCAUCACUCGCAAGAAAAGUCUGAAAGAGCUUUCCCACGACGAAGGCGUACUAGGUGUAAAAAGUGUGAAGCAUGUACAAGGACUGAUUGUGGGGAAUGCAUGUAUUGUCAGGAUAUGGUGAAAUUCGGUGGAAGCGGUCGUGCGAAACAAACAUGCUUAAUGAGACAAUGUUUGAGGCCCAUGCUUCCAGUUACAGCAGCUUGUAAAGUUUGCCGAUUAGACGGCUGGGGUCAACCACCUGCACCACUAAUGGGGAAACCAACACCAACAGCUCCAUCGAGUUUAGUAGAAUGUUCAAUAUGUUUUGACAUUGUACAUCCCGAAUGCAUAGGAUUGGAUCCUCAAACUAUAACCGUUAGCGAUGAUUUACCAAACAGCUGGGAAUGUCCCGAGUGUUGUGAAAGCGGUCGAAAUUUAGACUGUAGGCCACGUCAACCUAAGGCUCGUGCUCGAAAACUUUCCGUAUCUAGCGCAGCUUCAUCAGCACCUACAACAGAUUCUGAAAGGGCAACUACACCAAGUAAACGUUCAAGACCCGAUCCCAGCGAUGCAUGGAAUGACAGAGAACCGGCUGAGGGUGAACAGCGAACAGCUUUGCGUACACAAUUAGCUGUACAAUUAACUGGUUCAAGUAGUAAGUCAUUGAAGAGGCCCCACGUGGUGGUUAGGCCUGUUCCACUUCCGCCUGUUCAAAGACCAGGGCCUGAUUUUAAUGGACAAUCUUUAGCAUAUGACAAGACAGCAUUACUUGCUAUUUUUAGAUUUUUAAAUGCAAAGGACCUGGCGAAUUGUGCCUUGGUUUGCCGUACAUGGGCCAGAUAUAGUAUAGAUCCUAGUUUGUGGAGAAAAUUGGAUAUGUCUCAUUCUCAUCUAACAGCUUUGCAUUUAACUGGUAUUAUACGCCGCCAACCGGAAAAUCUGUCUCUUGACUGGACAAAUGUAACUAAAAGACAAUUAGCCUGGCUGUUAAGUAGAUUACCACAGCUCAGAACAUUAUCUGUACAAGGUUGUACGUGGGCUGGAGUCUGUGCUUUGAGAACUUGCACUUGUCCGCCGCUUAUCACGUUAGACCUCGGUCAUGUAUCUGGAUUAAAUGAUUCGAGUUUAAGAGAGGUCCUUAGUCCACCUACAGAUUCGAGACCUGGUCUAAUCGAUAAAACUUCAAGAUUAAAACAUCUUAAAAAUUUGUCUUUGGCUGGAUGUGAUAUAACUGAUGUAGCUUUAAGGUAUAUAGUUCAACAUUUACCUUAUCUGGAGACGUUAAAUCUCUCUUCUUGCGGCAGAGUUACCGACGCUGGUGUAGCUCAAUUAGCAACUCCAUCAGCGCAGGCAGUAACGAAUUUAUCAUCACUGAAUCUGGCAAAUUGUAGAUUACUUACAGAAACAACAUUAGAUCAUUUGGCAAGGUGUAAAGUGCUUAAACGUUUGGAUCUCAGACACACAACUCAAGUUUCCACUCAGUCUGUAAUUAAGUUUGCUGCCAAAAGUAUUCACAAUUUGCAUGUAACGGAUGUUAAACUAGUGGAAGAAAAGAAGUUCAAAGUUGAAGUUACGUGAAAGGAAAUGUAUUUGUUUACGAGAAUUUUCGGCAAGUGCAAUUUGAUUAUUGUAUAAAACCAUGAACAGUAAUUAACGUAACGCCGAACUUCGUGGAAUAAUUAUUUAUUUGUCAUGAAAAUCCAUCAGCACUGUAUCGCAUCUUCAUAAUGUAAGAAAGUGGACCUGACUAGUAUAGGAUUUCUAUUCGAUAACCUUCAGUUUUAUCGAUGUCACUAUGCAAUUUGAGCAAAAAAUACUUGAUUCGAAGUAACCAACGAUUAUUUUAUUUUCUGCCUUUUUUUUAUAGUAGAUGCUGUUUUCCUUUAUUCUUAAUUAAAGAAUAUUAAGAAGAAGAAGAUUAAAGAAUACAGGAUAUUAAAUAAGUAAUGCAGAUUCGAUGAACAAUAUACACAAAUGACAAAUGUAAAGCUGCACUAGAUGUUUUUGCGAUUUUUGGAGAAAUAUAUGUUUAGUUCGACGUUCAGUGUAACGAACGAAAUCAUUACUUACUUAAUAUUCAGUAUUUUGUUAAAUGAAGAUAAAAUAUAUCAAUAUAGAGAUUUUUACUGUCGUGCCGAAAAACGAGCGUACGGUAUUUGUUUUGCAAUUCUAUACAGAUGUAGAAAUACGAAAUGCGGGUAAACAGAGAUAAAGAGUCUGUAGUCUUGCGAAGAACUUGGCGAAAUAUCGUAUCGGCUAUUGAUCACCUAUAUAUUAAUAACAAGAAAAGAAAGAGGUAUAUUUAUUUGUAUGUGUGAUUGGAUAAUUUUCCAACGUGAAGAUCACUAAUUUGUUAAGUCGCAAAACUGAAGCAACCUGCUGACCAUGUAAACUCAUUACUCUAACUAUAAAAACGAAAGCGCGCAAUGAAACAUAUUCGACUAUUCCAUUUCAUAACGUUAGAUAGGUACGUUAACAUUACGCUGAAAAAUAUGUACAUUACAUUAAUGUUUUAAUUAUUGACCUAAACUAUGUUGAAGGUAAAAUCAAUUUUCUUUUUUUUUUUUUUUUUUUAAUGUAAACGAAUGUACAUACGAUGUUUUUUCAUUUUAUGAGUUUCAGUUUUAUUUCGUUAGUAUGCAUAUUAUGUGCGUAAUUCGUGAGUGAUAAUAAUACCGAGCAAUAAGAAGUUAAGUACUUGCACUUUAAUGCUACCAUUAGCUCAUAAAUUUAUUGUAUGUACAAUUAAAGUAUCACGUAUUGUUUGUAUUAUCUCUGUGAAAAAUAUCACCUAGAAAGACACGAGUUACUCGCACUAAAAAAAGUUCAACAUAUUUUUUCAACUUAGCCCGCAGUGCAAUGUUUUUAUUAUACUCGUUGAUGUCGAACUGUUCGUCACGAAUUCAUUUUUAUAAUUCAAGCAUAUAUUAGAAACACUAAGAUACGGAUAAUGUUCUAAACUAUGACACUACUGUAUAAAAAUAUGUAAUCCACAGAGAACAAUAGUGAUAUUCUGAUUUUCAAAUAUAAUUUUGAAUUUUAA